GGAUGAUAAGGAGAGCGAGGCGGGGAGGGGAUAAGAGGGAUGCAGACUCUAACACUCUCGAGCUGGAAUGUAGCCUUUGUAAGGUGAGGCGUGGGGGGAGCUAUACGAGACAGGGCUGCACAGCGACAUAACCUUCACAGUAGGCCGGUCUGGUAAGCAGUUUAACGCACACAAGCUGGUCCUCUCCACCCACAGCUCUACAUUCCGGGCAAUGCUCUACAAUGGAAUGGAGGAGAGCAGUCAGAGUGUUAUCCAGCUCCCCGAACAGGACAGCAACGUGUUCGAGCUGCUCCUCAAGUUCAUGUACACCGGCCAAGUCAAGCUUCACAAGGAUGUGGUGAGGAAUCUGAUGAUUCUAGCUGAUUAUUAUGCAGUGGAGGUGUUGAAGGAGAGUAUUGGAGAGUGGAUAGGGAAAACGCUAAUAGACAGGAACAAUGUGUGUGAUUAUAUUGUGUUCGCUUCAAACCACAAUGUACACAGUCUUUACAAACACUGUUAUAGGUUCAUGCUGGGAAAUGCUAAGGACAUUUUCUUCUCAGCAGAGUUUAGGAACUCUAUACCAUACGAGAUAUUGGAGAAGAUGGUAGCAUCAGACGAUUUAAAUCUGACAGAACUAGAACUGUUUAACAGUUUGAUAUUAUGGGGGGAGAGCAGAGUAGAGUUAAGUCCGCAUUGUCGCACCGCAUUGUCGCAUAACAUGGCAGACCAUACCACACCACCUUAUGUGAGUCUGAGUGAGUCUAGUGAUGAUGAGAGACCACGUGCUAAUAAAACAGAGGCACCACCCCAGCAGCCGAGUAAUACAGGUGAUACACACGAUUCAGUAAUGUCGCCUGAGGGAUCACAAGCUCUCAGGACAAUACUAGAGCCGCUAAUAUCACACGUGAGACUCCCCUUCAUCGACCCUGAACAGCUGAUUGAGUGUGUUAAACCUACUGGAGUGAUAGAUCACUCCAAUAUACUGCAGGCUAUCUCUUAUCACAUCAGUAAGAAACCUGUAUACCCUCCUCAUCAUGUUCAGAUACGGCCACGAAAGAACACAAUAGAAACACGUUACACCCUGAUGAAGAACAGAGAACCACACAAAUCUCAACCUUUCUUACACAGCGAGACAGCUGGCGGUGAGGAUGAUUCAUCGUCCUGGUGAUAUCACCAUGGUGAUUACCAUCUGUAAAGGUGACUGAUCAGAUUUAUCA